GGAGGCUACAUAUGGUAUCUCGUGGAGAGCUGGUAUCGGAAUCCAAUGUCUAGGUAUUAGUGCAUAAACUAUAGGGUACAGUGUCAUGAAUGUCCCUGCGUCAAAGGCAUGCACACGUGCAUAAGAGCAUCUAGCUCUGGAGUCAAGGGGACUGUCGCAGUCGAUACGGCAUGAGAACAUGAAGUUACAUGGCGAUGGAGGGACCAGCCAUGCGCCAUCAGGGGCGCUUAGACGAAGCGCAUGCUGCGACGGCGGGCGGCGGUGAGGAGGACGAAGCCUUCUGGGAGGAUGGAGGCGCGUUGACGCCUACGGCUCCGACGACUAAGGGCCUUCCAGGCGCAGAUGAUGCGGCGCUCGAUGUGCUUGCCCAAGGACAUGCGGGCCUGCUCCUGGGACAUGAAGGUGAUAGCGACGGCGCGAGUAGCCAUUGACGUAAUAGUAGGACAGUAUAGUGUAGAUAGUAGGCUGAGG